ACGCGUUACCACCACUCCGAUCCGGCUACUCCGCCACAGGGCCGGGGUGGGACAUCGGUAUUCAGUCUCUUCUAGCGGCCGUGUGCGAAGGUGGACUCGGAAGGACGACGGCUCGGUUCGUAUCUUCCUUUCGGUUCCUGAGGCGCGUGUGUCGGCCAUGUCGGAGGCCGGCCGCCGCGGAGCGCGGGAGAAGCUCCGGGAGGCGGCCUGCAACGCCGUCGCCGGCGGCUCGGCUGGGGUGAUCUCCGCGACGGUGUUGUGCCCACUGGACGUGAUCAAGACGCGGCUGCAGGUCUAUGGCCUCCCUUCCAACUUCUCUGGCGCACCUCCGCCUGGUAGGGUGCUUAUUUCUGGUUUUCAGCAGAUAUUAAAAAAUGAAGGCUUGCCUGGGCUGUAUCGUGGCCUUUCUCCAACAAUUGUAGCACUGUUUCCGACUUGGGCUGUAACCUUUUCAGUUUACAAUCACGUGAAGGGAGUUCUUCAUUCGAAAGAUGGUGAACUAUCUGUCCAAGCAAAUGUUCUCGCUGCUUCAUGUGCUGGAAUUGCAACUGCUACUGCAACAAAUCCACUAUGGGUUGUGAAGACUAGGCUACAAGUACUGUAUUACACAAGGGAUGAGACCUGGAGUGGUGCCUUACCAAAGCAUCUUAUCUGCUUUGCAACGGAUUGCAAAAGAAGAAGGAAUCCGUGGAUUGUACAGAGUGCCCCUGAUUCUUUUCUCCAUGAUGAUAGUGGUCUCCUGCCUUCUCUAGUUGGCGUUGCUCAUGUAGCUAUCCAGCUCCCAGUCUAUGAAAAGGUGAAGCUAUACUUUGCUAGAAGAGACAAUACUACAGUUUAUAAUCUCAGCCCUACACAUGUUGCUAUUUGUUCAUCGGGAUCCAAAGUAGCAGCCUCGAUAAUAACUUACCCACAUGAGGUUGUACGAUCCAAGCUGCAAGAACAAGGCCGUGAUCAUCAUGGUGCUACACGGUAUAGUGGUGUCGCUGACUGUAUAAAGCAAGUGUACCAGAAGGAGGGUUUUCCUGGCUUUUACCGAGGCUGUGCAACCAACUUGCUGAGAACUACCCCAAAUGCUGUCAUUACUUUUACCAGCUAUGAAAUGAUCAAUCGGCUCAUGCACCAGCUUCUGGCUCCCUAAAUCCCUACUCAGACGCUUGAAGGUAGCAGAUUUGCCAUUGAAGUCUUGCCAUUGAAGUUCUGGCAGAGAUGAACUCCAACCUAGCUGCAGGUGUAAUAGUUGGUUAUCGUGGUUGCAUUGCCGCUUUCCAAUUACUGUCGAAUUGGAGGCUUUUGAAGAACGAUUUUUGUGAAAUAAAGAGACUAACAGAAAAUCUAGUGUCGUGAUAUAGAAACUUUUUCUCUGAUCUGUUUGUUAAACUAUUGCUACGAGCCGAUCGUAGGCUACAAAAUAUGCUGACCGCGAUUGCGAGUUUGUACCUGUUCUGUUUGGUUCAUGUAGCCACAAAAUUUUGCCAAACUUGGUUUUAAUAGUUACCAAAUUCUUUGCCA